AUGCGUUUUACUGAAUACUGCAUCGAGCCUCGGGCGGCGCACACUCACACGGUCAUCUUCCUCCAUGGCAGAGACAGCAUCUGCAACGAGUUCGCAGAUGAGCUAUUCGAGAGCGAAGCGUCAGAACCGGCAAACCAGCCAAGAACCCUUCCAGACCUGCUACCAUCUAUUCGAUGGGUCUUCCCCGGAGCCGCUGUGAUGCCAUCUGAAAGGUUCGGCACCGACAUGCCACAGUGGUUUGAUGUCUGGUCGCUGGAGAAUCCAGAGGAACAGGCCGAUAUCCAGACAGCCGGCCUGAGACGAAGUAUUGACUUCCUGGUCAACUUAAUCGAGAGCGAAUCCGCCUUGGUCUCCAUGGAAAAGAUAUUCUUAUGCGGUAUCAGCCAAGGAUUUGUAACAGCAGUUGCCGCUUUGCUGUCUACGUCAAAGUUGGGCAGUUUGGGUGGGCUGAUUGGAUGGUGCAGCUGGAUGCCACCGGCGGUCGUCAUCGAGGAAUUGGCGGAGAAAUAUUCGCCAUAUCACCAAGAAAGCGUUACACAACCAUCGAUCGAACCCCCUAUUUUCCUAGCUCACGCCGUGGAUGAUGAGGUUAUUGAUAUCAAGCUCGGUCGUCAGUUGCAGAGGACUCUUGGGUCAUUUUGCAAGGCAGUUGAAUGGCACGAGUAUGAUUCAGGAGGUCACUGGGUCAACGAGCCACAGGGCGUGGAUGACAUGGUGAGCUUUUUGAGGGUCAACAUGCAUUAG